AUGCCUAUUCCUGUUUUUGUUUGGUCUGCCAAAAAAGGAGACAUUGGAAGUCAAGUUGCAUGCUUCUUUUACCCUAUCGGCGAAAACCGGAGGUUCGAAAGAGUAGACGAAAAUAUAGCUGUUGGCAGCGAAAUCUUCAGGGUUCAAGUCUACCCAAGGCAUGAGUUCAAGCUUGAGCCAGUAGACAACAGUUUGAGCGACAUCAACUUUUUUAGGGUGGAGGACCUUGACAACCACACCGUUUCUAUUAAGUUAGCAAGGUCGCUAGAAGAUCUCGUCGAUAGGCGGGAUCCGCAAACUGCGCUCAAGUUUAAACUCACAUGCAAGGGCGGCGUUGGAACGGAAGAAGCUUUUCUUCCCGUAACGGUGUAUAUUCAAGACAUCAACGACCAUGCACCAGAGUUCCAGAAUACGCCGUAUUUUUUGGAUGUAGAUGAGCUUACUCCAGUUGGCCUUACUGUAUUUCGUGGUAUCCACGCUAUUGAUAGGGACAAGCCAAACACGCCAAAUUCUGACGUCACAUAUUCCAUUGUGGGAGGAAAUGAAAACAACUCGUUUGCACUCUCGGAUCCCAUCGAGGGCAUUCUCGUUGUAAACAAACCAUUGGAUUAUGACUAUGGCUCCAGGGAAUUCAAGCUACGCAUUCAGGCUUCGGAUCACGGAAGCCCUCAAAGUAGGAGCUCUGUCACCACAAUGACCAUCCGUUUAAAGGACUCUGAUGAUCAAAAUCCUAUUUUCACCAAAGAACUUUACAGAACUCACGUCCUAGAAGCAGCGGCCAUUACGGGUGCUAGAAUACGAGUGAAAUUGUCAUUAGAACCUCCAAUUCAUGCCUUUGAUCAAGACGUUGGAGUAAAUGCACCGCUAAAGUACUCUAUUAUACACGGUAACGAAAAAGGUCUCUUCGAAAUGCAUGAUCAAAUGGCGGACCUGUAUCUUGUGAAAGAAGUGGAUAGAGAAUCUUUAAAAAGUCCGAUUUUAACGCUCCAUAUACAGGCGACACAGACAGAUAACCCUCUUCGAUCGGCGUUGGCAAAAGUAGAUGUGCAAGUUUUGGAUGUCAAUGACAAUAUACCAGAGUUUGAAUAUGAACUGUAUAACAUAACGGUUAUGGAAAAUCUUCCUCCGGGUUUCACGGUUGUUCAAGUCUCAGCUUUUGAUGAAGAUUCUGGGGACAAUGCCGAGUUCCGUUACGAAUUAGAAGAUGAAUCUGGUGCUUUCUCCAUCGACCCAUCAGGUGGUUCUAUCAGCGUGAAAGACCCGAGCAAGCUGGAUAGAGAAACUAAAGACGUCAUUCGCAUGAAAGUCUUCGCCAGAGAAAAGAAACCCAACGUGAAUCCGAACGCCAAAGCCAGUCCCGCCAAAGUCGAGGUUCAUUUGCUGGAUGCCAAUGACAACAAUCCUCAAUUCAUCCCUAGCAGUGUCUAUGUGUUUGGUGCCACCGAAGUUGAUCCUCCAAUGACAGUUGUAGGACAGGUAAUCGCUUUGGAUCCUGACUUGGAUGUGAAUGGAGUUGUCCGAUACCAAAAGAGAACGACAGUUUUGAGUCAGACAGUGCCUUUCGAUGUGCAUCCGGAAAAUGGUUCCAUCUACAUUUUAGAAUCGUUCCGAACCAUCAGGGAGAAGCCUUCUCGCUACACGUUCUUCGUACAAGCUUCUGAUCUUGCUCGUAUUGAAUCGGAGCGCAGAUCUUCCGUUGCUGUAGUCAAUGUAAAUAUACAAGAUAUCAACAACAAUGCUCCCGAGUUCAUUGGAGCUCCUUACGAAGCUUUUAUUGGAGAAUCUCUACCACCAGGAGCUCUUGUUUAUCAGUUGCAGGCGAAAGACCCGGAUGCUGACACUGUGCUGCACUUUUCGAUUGUCGCCGGGAAUGAUGAGGGAAAUUUCAUCGUUAAUCCCUCUACGGGACAAGUUCUGACUUCGGCUGUGAUGGACUACGAAAAGAAACAAAGUUACGAUCUUCUUGUACAAGUUUCGGAUGGCAUUAAUACCGCUGUUUCUCCAAUGACAGUGAAUGUUGUGGAUAUUAAUGAUCAACAACCUGUGUUUACUCACAGCUACUACAAUUUCUCUAUUGUAGAAGAAAUGCAAGAAAAUGUUACCAUUGGAUCAAUACUUGCCUUGGACAGCGAUUCUGGACGCAACGCAAUCGUGCGAUACAGACUGCUAGGAGAGCAGGCUGGAGAGGCCUUUAAGAUUGACGAGGCGGGUAAUAUUUUCAGCAGAAGACGUUUGGACAGAGAAAGAGAGGCCAUGAUAGAGUUCUUAGUGAUUGCUUUCGAUGCUGGAACACCUCAGUUGAGUGGAACGGCCACCGUUGGAGUGCGUGUAGAAGAUAUCAAUGACAGUCCGCCUUACUUUGACUCGGAUACUUAUGUUGUCAGCGUUCCCGAAGAAGAAAAUCCCCCUUACACAGUUCACAAGAUGCAUGCCAAGGAUGACGACACAGGAGAAAAUGCGCUACUGAAAUAUCUCAUAGUCGGUGGAAACGAAGAGAAAAUGUUCACCAUCGACGAGGAUAAUGGCGUUGUCACCACUUCUGAUAAGCUCAACUUCGAAAGACAAUCAGAAUAUGUGCUGCACGUGGCGGCUAGAAACGUGAAACCAUUCCAAGGUCCUCAAGCCUCCGCCCUCGCCAAUCCCUUUGUGAAGCUAGUCAUUCAAGUUAUAGAUGUCAACGACGAAUUGGUUGUCUUUGAUCGUCAGUCGUACCAGUUCAGAAUCCCAGAGAAUUUACCUCGCAGUGAAGGUAUUGGGUAUUUAAAUGCAACCAAUUUACACAGAAGUCCAAGAGACCAAUCCAUUCUUUACUGGAUUGGGGAUGGGAAUUCUCAGGAAAGGUUCUGGAUCAAUCCCAGAUCUGGAGAGCUAGUAUUGACUGAGACUGUUGACAGAGAUCCACCUAAUAAUCAACAAGUAUUCCAGUUGAGGAUUUUUGCCAGGGACCAGCUUUCCAGCAAUUCCUUCAACACCAGCGUACCCGUCGUUAUUGUUAUAGAUGACGUUAAUGAUAACACACCCACAUUCGACGAAGAACGUUACGCCUUGGAACUUCCUGAAAAUAUUCCCCUUGGGACAACUUUGCCGCCAUUUUUUCGGGCGAAAGAUAUCGAUGCAGGACCUAAUGGCAAAAUCGAUCGGUACUACACGAAUGGAUCUGAUGAUGUAUUUUUGGUGAACAAUGCAACUGGUGCCAUUACACUUGUGUCUAAUUUGGAUUAUGAAACUAACGAUCAACACGAGUUCACAGUUUUCGCAGUUGAUGGAGGAAGGCCACCACGAGUUGGAUCGGCGAACGUUGUGAUCAAGGUGCAGAACAUCAACGAGUUUGCUCCGGAUUUCGUCGGCCUGCCAUACGACUUCCGAGCCGAGGAAAAUGCCGCCCGGGGCACCAAAAUCGGGCACGUGAAAGCUUUCGACGGAGAUGGAGACAAAAUCAAGUACAGCCUCUCUGGAGGAGAUACAGCUUUUUUCACAAUCGAUGAGGAUUCUGGAAUCGUGUAUGUCAAAAAAGACCUCGAUGCUCGAACGCGCUUUUCCUUCAUCGCCCGUGCUACAGACGACGGCCUCCCACAGAACAACAGCAUUGGUGUUCAAGUAAACGUGUGGGUUCGAGAAAGAAACGAUCAUCCCCCAGUCUUUACCAGGCUCUCUUACCAUGGACAAAUCACUGAGAAGCAAAUCAGUAAUAAACCAAUCUUAAAGAUUUUGGCUGUUGAUCGCGAUCUGCAAAACAACACUGUAACAUACAGUAUCAAGAGUGGAAAUGAAGACGGUAUUUUUGAUCUCCACCCGUCAUCUGGUGAAAUAUUUGUCAUCCCAACUGAAGCUCAUCGAGUGGAUUAUGACCAGACUAAAUCCUACAGCCUUCUAGUGGAAGCUAGAGAUUCACAUGCUACUUCUUUGUAUGGAUUGGCUGUUGUAACCAUUGACGUCAUCGAUACCAAUGAUCAUCCUCCUGUGUUCUCCCAGAUGUCAUACUCAGCUUCUUUAGCUGAAAAUUUACCAGCAGGUCACUGCUUCUUACAGAUACAUGCCGAGAGCGGAGAUUCUGUGGACACACUUUCGUAUGCCGUCGAUCGCAACACCAUCCCAUUCACCGUGAAUCCUAAAACGGGAGAUGUGUGUACGAAGCAAGUUCUAGAUAGAGAAGAGAAGGACACCUUUGAGUUUGUAGUCAUAGCUUUGGAUGGACGCUACGAGACGAAAUCACCUGUUGCCAUCAGGGUGCUUGAUCAGAACGACAACCCUCCGAAAUUCGAAAGGGAAAGAUACUUUGUCAGCAUUCCUCCGCAGUCACAGGCAGGACGCAGCAUCAUUCAGGUACUAGCUACAGAUCCAGAUGUAGCCAGCAACGGCGAAGUGACCUACUGGAUCAAGAACACCCACGGCCUCUUCGAGAUUGACUCCCAGACAGGACACAUCCGCCUGUCGUCCGCCUUGCCGUCUCAAAUGCCGAAGAACGCCACCUACGAGAUGGAGAUAUUCGCCCGAGACCACGGCGCCGCAUCCAACAUCGGCAAGUCCACCCUAGUGGUCAGGGUCUCCAGCACCCGCAACCACUCCCCUAAAUUCGAAAAGUUCGGUUACAGGGUGGCCGUGGAUGAGAAUUCGGCCAAUGUGGAACUUUUGACGGUUCAUGCUUAUGAUCCGGAUUCUGGACCAGCUGGAAGAUUGAGAUACAGAAUUGUGAGAUCGACCCAAAGAGAAGCCUUCCGAAUCGACAGCUCCACGGGCAAAAUAACCUUGGUUACUCCUCUGGACUAUGAGAAGACGAAAUAUCUCGAACUUCUGGUUGAAGCUCGCGAUGAAUCUAAAGAACCACAAUUCGCAACAACAGUUGUCCAGGUAUCUGUGAAUGAUUUGAACGAUAACUCUCCAGAGUUUCUUGCACUACCGCACUCGAUCCGGGUCCCGAUAUCAACUAGCCUGACAGAAGUAGUCUACACAGUUCACGCUAAAGAUGCAGACAGUCCAGCUGGUGGUAAUAGUCUUAUUACAUACGAGCUACAGCCGCCAAGUAACCAGUUCAAUAUCAACAGGAAGACUGGUCAAAUCACUCCCAGCCAACCUCUCAGCCCCAGUACUGAAACUUUAAGGAUAAAAGCUACGGAUGGAGCCAUAUUUCCACUAUCCAGCACAAUCGAUCUGCUUCUGGAGGUAUACAAAGACACUAUCGACGACCCAACGCCAGUAUUCACAUCCGUUCAGUACUCUGUAAAUGCCGAUGGCAUUUUGGAAGCUGGAACGACAGUACUCGACGUCAGAGCCACAGUGCCAAAUGGAAGUCCUGUUUUUUACAACAUCACCGGACCCGAAGACACAUUGAUUCGAGGCUUCAACAUCGACAGAGAAACGGGUCGCAUAACAACAACAACCAGGCUUUCAGCUGAUCAAGAAACUUUAUAUCACUUCCUGGUAGCAGCUUCCAACAGAAACGACCCAACUCGAGGAACAGAAGCUGGUGUGGUUAUUCAGUUAAGUGAUGCAAGCAUUCGUUGCCCGAAAUUUCCGUUUUCGGAAUAUUUCACGGCCAUCAGAGAAAACGCUCCGCCGGAUUCUGUUGUGCUUCCGUACCUCCAAGUAGAAGAUGCUCACAUAUUUGACAGGAUUUCAUAUCAAAUCACGGAAGACAAUUCCAAUGACAACUUCUUCAUAGAUACCUUAGCUUUUAAUGUGUCAGCAAAAAUUAAGAAACCCCUGGACAGGGAUAUAAUGCCGCUGACAUUGCAAGGAAUGUAUACUUUAACAGUCACUGCAAGCAAUCAAAGAUGUUCCGGAAAUACGAGGUUGAAUAUAUUUGUAGAAGAUGUCAACGAUAACAGUCCUACUUUCGAGAAAAAGGAUUUCAUCGUAGAAGUCAAGGAAAAUGCACCACCGGGACAUGUUGUUGUACAUUUGACUGCUGCUGAUAAGGAUGAACUGGAUACCAAUAAGCUACGCUACUUCAUUGUUGAUGGUAACAGUGAUCAGCAAUUCCAAAUCGAGGAAAACACUGGAGUGCUGGCUGUAAGAGUGUCUCCUGAUAGAGAAGAAACUCCAGCAUUUAUGCUCAGAGUGUUAGCACUGGAUUCGGCUAACAAUACUGGCUUUGCAAACGUGCAUGUUACCAUCCUUGAUGAAAAUGACUGGACCCCUACAUUUAUGAAUGAAACUUUCCUAUUGAACGUAACGGAAGGCUCCAGUAGCUUAGGUGCCAGCAUUCGUUUACCAGUAGUUGAUUAUGAUGAAGGGCCGAACCGUCAAAUGGAAUUACUGAUAUUAGAAGGAAACAUGGAAAAUCAUUUCCGUUUAUCUGUGGAUGACAGAGGGCCUCUUCUUACUGUGGUGAAAGAAUUGGACCGAGAAGAAUAUGGUGUUCCUGAUUCAGCACUCCAUGUCGUCGUUGUUGGCGCUAAAGAUAUGGGAGUACCUUCUCGUACAGGAACAGCAACGGUUGCUGUAGUUAUUCAAGACAUUAAUGACAGCCCUCCAGAAUUUUCUAAGGAUAUUUAUUAUGAAUUUGUAUCGGAAAGUGUUCCUGUCGGAAGUGUAGUCACUACUCUUACUGCCAAAGAUGAAGAUGCCGAAUACAAUACUAACAUGAAAUAUGCAUUUGGAUCUCGAACCAGAAAUGUGCCUUUCUUCAUUGAUCCUUUUACUGGUUCGGUGAAUGUUUCGAGAUCUCUUGAUGUGUCGGAGAACAGAGAAUACAGCAUUAUUGUUGAAGCAUCGGAUGGUUUGUGGAAAGCAGCUACGACUUUGAAGUUGUUCGUGCGAGAGGCAGAAGAACGCGAUCCUUUGUUCGACAAGAAACAUUUCCGCUUCGCCAUCCCGGAAAAUGUCGCCGGCGCUUUUGUCGGACAGGUGGAACUAAAGGAACGAAUGUACCGAACGAACAGCAUGAUGCAGUACAACAUUGUCAACAACGAUGUCAAAGCCCUCUUCAAUAUAACUAAGGAAGGAAAAAUAUUCACAAAAGUAGGACUUGACAGGGAAAAAAGAAGCCAACAUACUUUUACGGUUAUGUUAGAAGAAAGAAAGCCUUCAACCAAAGUGACCGUUUGUGAAGUGACAGUUGAAGUUAUGGACGUUAACGACGAAAUUCCCACAUUCCAACACACAUAUCAAGGCACCAUUAGUGAGAAUUCGCCUUCUGGAACACCAGUGACUGUGGAACCACCCAUCGCAGCUGUCGAUAACGACAGCGGUAACAACUCAAUGGUGAGAUAUUCCCUGAGUGGAGCCGGUAGUGAGAUUUUUACCAUUCUGGAGAGUGGUCAAGUCAUCUUCAGUUCGCCGGAUCCGGCUCUUUUCCUGGAUCGAGAGAGAAAAGAACGAUAUGACUUACAGGUCACAGCUACUGAUAUGGGCAAUUUGAGUUCCUCCACUUAUUUGACCAUCUCCGUAGCAGACGAGAAUGAUAACGCUCCCGUAUUCCAACAUGGACCUUUGAGAGUUAUGCUUCCUGAAACUGCAAGACCAGGUUCGAAGAUUGCCGAAGUCAGUGCUAUGGAUGCUGACGCCAAAGGGCCAAAUUCCAAAGUGGAAUACAUCAUUACCGCUGGUGACAAAGGAGACGUUAGGAUUGACAGAGCAACAGGUGAAAUUUACGUCGUUAGUACCCUGAAACCGGGCACAGUUUACCUCCUCAAUGUAUCUGCUGCUGAUGGUAAAGGUUUAGCUGCAUCCACCGUGGUAAAUAUAACCGUGGUUGACGUCAACGACCAUAAGCCAACAUUCUCCAGAUUUGAAUAUACUUUCAAAGUAAAAGAAGGAAACUACAGUAGUAACAGGAAGCCACUUGGAAUUCUUAAAGCUAUCGAUGAAGAUACUGGUCAAAAUGGAAUGAUAGAGUAUUCUUUAAUAACAACCAACUUCGAACAAAAAUUCCCGUUCACAAUCGACAGUAAAACAGGCGAACUAUCAGCACAAGGCAUUAUUGAUCGAGAAUUUAAAGAUUCAUAUAAAUUUCAGGUCCUUGGCACUGACUUUGGAGAACCUCAGCUGAACUCUACAGCAGAAGUUGUCAUCGAAGUCAUAGAUGUAAAUGAUGAACCUCCGAGGUUUUACACUGAUCCAUACCUAGCCCAUGUUCAAGAAAAUUUGGAUCCUGGACAAAAGGUCACACAAAUUAUUGCAUAUGAUAAUGAUUCUGGACACAAUGGAUUAGUAUUUUACAAGCUUGGAAAAGGUCACAAUAAUAAAUUUUACAUUGACAGCAAAGAUGGUACCGUAUGGACCCUGUCAACACUUGAUUACGAGAAACAAGCAUUUUAUAACAUGACAGUCAUUGCCUACGAUCAAGGAACACCUAGUCUCAGUUCCACAGCGAAGUUAUGGGUUACGGUUGCAGAUACAAAUGACGCUGUUCCAGAAUUCUCAAAAGCUGUGUACACUUUGGAAGUAGCAGAGAGUCGACAGCCAGGGGACACCGUUUUCAAAUUAGAUGCUGGAAAGGGAGAUUUCAAAUAUACUUUGCAAAAUGCUGACGAGAUCAACGCCUUCGAUGUUGAUAUGAACACUGGAGACAUUCGCCUAGUCAAAGCCUUGGACAGCGUCCAGAAGAGUCAUUACAGGUUGCUUGUUGAGGCAUCAGUUGACAGCGAUCCUCCAAAAUCAGACACUGCUGAAGUCAACAUCAUUGUGGGUACAGGUCAAGGCGUGAGAUUGUUCCCCAGUAGACUGUAUGAAGUGACAGUGUUUGAGAACAGAUUAGCACCUUUGGUCAUUCUGGAUUUAAAUGCAACAGAUGAAAUAGCACACAAACCUGUGCUUUACAGCAUAGUCGGCCAUGAUUAUAAUGGUCUUUUUGUCAUGGAAGCCGAUACUGGACGGUUAACUGUGACGGCAAGUCUUGAUCGUGAGAAACGUGACCAUUAUUCUCUGAAAGUUCGAGCUGAAAAUGUCGGUCGUCAUAGAUUUGGUAGAGAAAUUAGCAGAUCAGGUCCUGUAAGAUCAACUGAAAGUUACCAUUUGGCGUUCGAUGAAGCUUUGGUUGUGAUUGAAGUAGGGGAUGAAAACGACAACGCUCCACUCUUCGAAGUUCAAGGAAGACCUAUUGUCGCUGCUGUACCUUUGGAAGCUUCGUUUGGAUAUCAAGUCUUAAGGAUAGCAGCCAAAGAUUCUGAUGUAGGUUACAACAGUGCCAUCCGCUACGAGAUAAUCCGAAAACCAGAAGAUGCUUCCACCAAGUUCCACAUCGAUCCGGUGUCCGGAGUCGUGAGGUCAAUGGUCACUUUCGCACUGGACGGUGGACGCAUCUACGGAUUCGACGUCAAAGCUACGGACCGGGAAGGCAGCGAGAACGGACAUUCAGCCGUUGCAAAUGUCUUUGUAUAUGUCUUGCCAGAAACCAAACUAGUCCUUUUUGUCGCUGGUAGAACACCUUUGGCUAUUGAACAACACGUUGAGAAAAUUUUAAGCUAUUUGAGCAACCUCACUGGAUAUGAUGUCAAAAUGGCAAAAUUAGAGCCCCACCACGAAGGAGAAUAUGAAGAUCGAGAAAGCACUGAUUUGUUCCUAUACGCUGUUCACAGAGAUACCAACGACAUUGUAGAUACGGAAGUUCUACUAAAUUCUCUGGAGCAAAGAUCAGAGCUAAUCGUGUCCAACUUGGAUAACUUCAAUAUUGUACGCAUCCAAGGAGUAUCAGUUCAGGAAAAGAUCAGUCAGAUGGGAACAACAGAAAUUGCCAUCAUUGCUCUGAGUAGCGUUAUUUUCCUAGGUGCUGUACUGGGCAUUGCCUUGCUAUGCUCAUCUUGCAAGAAAAGGAAAACCCGACGACGUCAUACGUCUUGGGAGCAACAACGACUGUACAACAUAAAAAAUCCCUUGAUGGGGAAAAGCCUGGGAAACCCCUAUGGAAGUCGGAGUACGCCAAAUGGAACUGUAGACAACAUUAAAGCUGCCUAUGCCAACGGCGAUCUAUCAGUGCCAGACUAUAAUGACAGUCUAGGGGACAAUCAGUCUAUGAAGAGGAACAAUCGUCGAUCCCGACAACAGGUGCCGCCAGAUGGCGCCUCCUCCCUCAACCCUUCCACCGGAAGCCCCAAGUUCGAGAAGUACAGUAAAAACGACAACCAGUGGUAUGAUAUGAGGGAUGGAGCGGACUCCAUGAUAUCUGGAUAUUCUCGUGGUUCCGGAUUUACCAGUUGGUCUUCGAGGAGGAAUACCAACCCAGUCACAGAACUCUAAUGCAAUCAAACGAUAGACCUCAAAAUGUGUACAUUACUCUGAACUUAAAAAGACAAUGUGAAAAAGAUUCAGUGGUGCUUGAUGUAAAGAUUUUACGGGAAAAAUAUCUGACUAUUAGCAUUCUUGAACUGUACAUGGGAAUGCUUAUGCUCAAUCAGAUAUCUAUGUCUUCAGCCAAAUUGGGAAUCUUCGUUUGAACGCUUUUUCUAACAUUUCUGGCUAUGCUGACCGCGUCACAUCGCUUGAUUCCUAAAGAUUGUCCAUUCGAAGUUAUAUUAUACUUAACGUUCGUGAAAAGAACUGGUUCUUGCGACAUUGGCCAAAUCCUACUGCAAAAGUGCUUUAAGUUUGAUAUGAACAUUUGUAUCAAUGUUUUUUCAGACAAGAAAUUGACUUUGAAACACCGAUUUUAUAGUGUGUGUGUUUAUACAAAUAAAAAUGGCGAGACCCAAAAAAUAGCGCUAAACAUUCCAUUUAUACUUUUUAUACUUUAAUUUUCUCUUUGCUACUUAAUUUAACUGCAUUUGCACUUUUUAUACUAUUCGAGAUAGAUGUGUCAUUAUCACCGCAAACCAUAACUUGGAGACUAAAAACACCACGUUAACUUUUUAUCGAAAGUACUUUUUCUUGUGGGUAUUCAUUCUACUGACCACGUGCAUGUUUUAAAUUUCUUUAGAGAAAGAAAUACAAAUUUUACCGUUCUAAUGUUGAGGUAUUUAUUUAAUUAUACUUUUUUUUCCAAUAAUAAUUAAUACGAUAUAUGGAAACUAAGUAAGUUAGCAACGAGUUGAAGAUACUAAUUAUAUCACUAAUAAUCUAUUUAUGAAUUUCUUUGAGGCAUUUAUGAUAUUAUAGUAAUUUGAUAAGUUUUUCUUGAUUUCAUUUAAGAGCUUAAAUUUUUGUAUUGUUUCUUAAUUUUUUAGUGUAUUUUGUUAUAACUUUGUUGUAAGAUUUCACCAUUUUUUGUACUUAUAGAUUAUGGUACUAGUUCUAAAAGAACAAUUAAAUGAUCAAUCAGAAGCAUAUACAAGUAUGUGAACUACAAAAAAUGUUGAAAAUGUUUUUCUGUCUUUGUUUUUAUAAAAGUUGAUUUAAGAUCGAAAGCAACAGCAACAAAACUGUUGCUGAAAUUCUUCCGCUUUGCACUAUUUUAAAUAUUUUAUCUCUGGAAACAUAGUGAGCAUGCGAAAAAUUUCAGCAGCGAAAUUUCUGCUGUUGUUUUUGCCAAUUUCUAGACAUUAUCGUUCUUAUAGAAAGGAAAGUUUGAAGCAUCAAAAUGAUACUGAAUAUUUUUUUCAGAUGGAGCCAAUUCUGGAACAUGUUUCACUGAAAUUAUUCGUGAUAGUUUCCGUCACACAAAAAGGCUAUCAGAUCAGCUUUGUUCAUUGUAGCUUAUUUCUAAAAUACAUUGUUAUUCCAAAUAAGACUCGAUUGCAAUUAAACCUUUUGCAGUAUCUUCCUUACUAAGUAAUUUUUCGGAAAAGUUCUUAGACUACCUGGAGUUUUUAGCUACCAAAUUAUUAGAUAUAGGACGGUAAUUUAAACAAAAAAUUACUUUGAAGUUCAAAACCUUGAUUACUCCACGACUUAUAGUAUGUGAUAAUAAAUAUAAAAAAUAAUUAAAGCAUUAUAAAUAUAUUUUUGAUUAAAUAGUUUUUAAAACAACGUAACAGCUACAUAUUGCCCAAAUUCAUUAAAUGUCAACUGUAUUUAUAUUUAUUUAAAAAAUUUUGUUUUAUUGUUCAUCCACAUUUGAGAUAGCCAUAAAUACUCUCUUAACUAAAGUAUUCUAAAACAAUUUGUUGUUAUUAGUUUCUUUUAAUUAAACUGCUAAAAUAAAUGAUCAAGUAUUUUCCGUUUUCAUUACCACCGAGUUUUAGAUUAUUAAUAAGCAACUUUCCACAAACUGACUAUUAUAAAUUAUUAGUUUUUAAAUAUUGAAAAAAAAAUUGUAUAUCUAGAGCUAAACUGACAUUACUUGCUUAUUUCAGAUCUUUGCAAUUUUUUGUAUGCCUUGAAAUUCGUUUUUGUACAUUCUUCGACAAUCACGUUUUCAAGGAUAAAAAUUUAAGUUUCAGAGAAUUUUAUUAUUCCUGUAAAACAUUUUCAGCAUUCAUUGUGAUAUUUAAAAUUGUUGGUGCCAAGUCCCUUUUGAUGUUAUGUUUCAUCGUUUCCAGUGGUUCUUUAACUUACAGUUACAAAAGUAAUAACAAUAACAACAUUCCUAUCUGAAUGUUACAUAUUCCUUUCAGCCAUUCAAAUAAUUUUUACUCUUCACAUGUGGUUGUUUCUUAAUUCUCCUUACAAAAUGAUGCACUAUUUUAGAGCUUUGUCCUGACCACAAAAUAGAACUGCUAGUUUUUACAAUUGGAGAAAACAAAAUGACAUAAACCGAACAUGCGAAUAUGCAUGUGGUUAUAUAUGCAAUGAAUCAUAUCAUUGAUUCUCAGAAAAAUAUUAUGUAUUUAAAUAUCUAAACUUUACAAUAACCUUUGUAAAUAUAACACAUAGAAAGUACUAAUGAAA